ACGCACACUUCUACACGUUCACGGCUGGGGAGUGCCCGCCGACGUGGCCACCGCCGCGGCCACCCCCUCGCGGCCGGGCUAGCUCGUCCUCCCCGAGCCUAUAUAAUCGCACGCUCGUCAUUGGCAUCAGCACGCAAUAAUCACAGUCCACAACGAACCAAGUGUGAUCUAGCCAGUCCCUGCAUCCUGCUGGGAGUAAUGACGACCAUGGUUGCCUUGAGCUCCUUCGCCGGCGCCACCGUCGUCGGCCGCCCCGCCUCCUGGUCUCCGGCACUGCCGCGUCGGCGCGCCCUCCUCAUCAGGGCCCAGACCGAGCCGGAUAUCGAGUCGACCAAGGAGACGACGAGCGCAUCGACAUCCUCCCCAACCCCAACCCCGACCCCAAGCCCGGUGGUGCCCAAGCCCAAGCCCAAGGCUAACCCCUCGGUCUGGGACGCGCUCGCGUUCAGCGGCCCAGCGCCCGAGCGCAUCAACGGCCGGCUCGCUAUGGUGGGCUUCGUGGCGGCGCUCUCCGUCGAGGCAGCGCGCGGCGGCGGGCUACUCGACCAGGCCGGCAGCGGCGCCGGGCUGGGAUGGUUCCUGACAACCGCUGCGGUGUUCUCGGUGGCGUCGCUGGUGCCGCUCCUUCAGGGCCAGAGCGUGGAGAGCAAGUCCAGCGGCGUAUGGAGCGCCGACGCCGAGCUAUGGAACGGCCGCUUCGCCAUGCUCGGCCUCGUCGCACUCGCCAUCACCGAGUUCAUCACCGGCACGCCUUUCGUCAACGUCUGAAACUAGUUAGUGUAGUGCAGUACGCUUGCACGUGCAUGUACAUAUUUGUUAGUCAUGCUGAGGAACUAGGACUACGGACCACGCGACAAGCGUGGUAAAAGCAAUCUCAAAUUGACAAAAAAAACUAGGACUACGGACUCUGACAUUCUGUAAGCCGUAUCAUUAGGUUGUCUUUCUUGGUGAUGAUGUCUUGGAGCCUACAAUUAAUGCAGGAGUGAAUUGCGUCCA